AUGCCCGCUAUGGUGGAAUUCAUCCCGGAAACGACAAGAUCAUGGACGACCAACCUCGACGGCGUUCCCGCCCUCACCCUCCGCACUAGUCCCACCCCAGACCCCCACUCCCUCCCCGUCGACCACGUCCUCGUCAAAAUCCUCAGCGUCAGCCUCAACUACAAGGACGCUGAAAUAAUCAACGGACUCUUCAAGCACCACAAGUCCAGCGUCGCACCCCCAAACCUGAUCCCCUGUGCCGACAGUGUCGGCGUGGUGGUCGCCGUCGGCCCAACCUCGACCCCCACCACACAAGCCUCCUCCACCUCCUCGCCACCCAAACCGAAAUGGUCCAUCAACGACCGCGUAAUCUCAGUCUCCUACCCCCUCUACCUCACCGGCCCUGCGGCCCCUGCCCUUCUCGCAGCCGGAGUCGGCUCCGCAACCAACGGGGUCCUGACCACCUACCGGGUCUUCCCCUCUCACGGCCUCGUCGCCUGCCCGCCCUCCCUCACCACCCAACCACAUCUGGCAUGCUGCCUCCCCAUCGCCGGUACUACCGCCUGGAUGGGCCUGCACUGGUGGCGACCCAUCUCUUCCUCCCCUGAGCUCUUCGUCGCUGGCGAUCGCAGUUCGGAGAGUCUUCUGCUGCAGGGGACAGGUGGAGUGAGUAUGUUCGGUCUGCUCUUCGCAUUUGCAGCCAACUUCGCGCACGUCAUCUUGACGAGUGGAUCGGAUGAGAAGCUCGCGAGAGCAGAGGAGUUGGUGGCUACUGCGUUCCCGAAGUCUGCGACGAAGUUGUCGACGAUCAACUACAGAUCCACGCCACAGUGGCACAAACGCGUUCUUGAGUUAACGGACAACGAAGGCGUGGACAUCAUCUUCGAGAACGGCGGUGGCGGGUCCCCGAGCACGAACUCCACUCUAAGGUCGUUCCAAUGCGUCAAAUUCGGCGGCAUUAUCAACAGCAUCGGAUAUGUAGGUGGGAAGACCGACAUCCUGUCCCCCAGCUCCGACUCAGACACUGCCAAAGGAGCAAUCGACGGCGGCAACGAUGAAAUCGCACAAGCAAUGUCCACAAAUAUAAAUGUACACGCCCUUGCACGCAAUUUCACGCUCAAGGGACUGCUCAAUGGGCCACGGGAUCGGAUGGAGGAGAUGUUGAGGUUCGUGGAGUAUCAUAAGAUCAAGCCUGUGGUCGACAAGGUGUUCUCGUUCGACGAUGCGCGCGACGCGCUGCAGUAUCUGUGGGAUGGAAAGCAUUUUGGGAAGGUGGUUAUUGAGGUUUCGCCGGAUGCUUGA